UUCCUCUCUAUUCAAUCGCUCGGUCUCCUGAGCCGUCACUCCACUCGCUCUUCACUCACUUUCCUGUUCACACUGUUCUUUUUCUUUCUGUCUUUCUCUACCCUCUUCUUUUCACUUUUGGACAUCAAUGAGCGCGCGACACGGAGCUCGGGGCCAGUGGAGAAGUAAGGCGAAGAGCGCGCGCUAACUAACCCCAAAAACAUCGUAGUGAUGCUCUCGUCGACGCCUCACGUGCAAAAGUGAUUCAUCAUCAUCAUCAUUAUCAUCGACAACAUUAAAAUCAUCUGUUUUAAUUAAGAAGAGUGCACGAGCAAUUCAGAGGACGCGCAAAGAAUUUAACAAACAUGUACACUGUAGUGCUCGCGGCAGUAUUUGGAGUGGUGGGUGUGUUCUCGGCUCGGGAAGUGUGUAAAUCAGGAGCAUACACCACGUAUGGCGAGUGCUGCACACAGUGUCCACCGGGCGAGGGCAUGGUCCAGCCGUGUGGAGACUCGCAAACAGUGUGUCAGCCGUGCCUCGACAGUGAGACGUUCUCGGAGAACUUCAGCCACACAGAGAAAUGCAUGCGAUGCACAAACUGCAGCGGGCUGUUACGUAUGGAGAAACCAUGCACGGACACUGAUGAUGCAACCUGCGUGUGUGACUACGGCUAUUUCAUGUCGCAAAUGACAGGGAAGUGCCAGCUAUGUACAGCGUGUCCGUUGGGCAGCGGCGUGCUGAGACGCUGUAGCCCCACGCAGGACACCAUAUGUGAGACAUGCAUUGACGACACAUUCUCAGACCAGGAGAGCGAGCUGAACCUCUGCCUGCCAUGUACCAUCUGCGAGGAUUCUGAGGAACUCCAGCACUGCACCCCUGUCAGUGACACCGUGUGCCAAGAAAUGAACCUUGCGAAUACUUCAAGCACACCUCUGUCCUCUCUGGAGCCGACAGAACCUCUGUUUGACUUCACUAACUUUCCACCAGAAGGGCUACCAGAAUCCACAGAGAGUAUGCCAACGGUCGGCCCCGAAACUGAAAGACUGGGCCUGGGUGAUAAUCUCAUUCCACUCUAUGCCUCCAUUGUACCCACUGUGCUUCUUGGCCUCAUUGCCUUCAUCGUCAUCAAAAGGUGGAAGAGCUGCAAACACAACAAACAAGAUGGUAGUAAUCGAUCAGGCACGGAGAACCCAAGCCAGACGCCGUCGCCUGAGGGAGAAAAACUGCACAGUGACAGUGGCAUCUCGGUAGAUAGCCAGAGUUUACAGGAAGGACAAGGACUGCAACAAACAGUGGUGAAAAUCGACGGUGGCCUGAGUUUGCCUCUGCAUGCACGUGAAGAGCUGGAGAAGCUUCUGGAUGAUGAAGGACCGCUGGAAAACGAUUGGUCCAGUCUGGCUGGCUUGCUCGGUUAUGAAGAAGAGAGUAUUACCUCUUUUGGCCAGGAGGAGAGGCCAGUCCGGGCUCUGCUGAGUGACUGGGCGAGCCGUGACUCUGCUAGCAUCGAUGCACUAUGCGCUGCCCUGAGGAAGAUUAACCGGGAAGACCUCGCUCAGAGCAUCAUGCCCAAGUCCACUGCUACCUCUGUUGUGUGAGGAAACACUCACUUCUGCUUAUAGCCCCCCUGCUUACACAACACAACCAUACACUAAACUAACGUAUUAAAUGGUCCAUCAUGCUCAUUUCAAAAAUUAAAGCAGCCAAGCCUAAAUGUCCAGGUUGUCAGAUUUCCAGCAAGCUAACAUGCAUUGUUAGCAUCAUCAAAGCCUCUGCAUUUGCACAGCAUUUGAUUGAAUUAUUUUUCAUUUUACACUGAUUAAUGGUGAAGCAGAAUGGGUGGAGCACGGUGAACAUGGGGCUUGAUGCAAAUCAGAAUGUUUCAGUUGCUGAUGUGAAGUAUUUCCUGUUUUCAUUUUUUUCUCAUUUUGCACCCUUUGAUUGAUGAGAUUUUCUCCUUUUAUUUCUUCACUGGCACAUGCCUGAAUAGGCCCAGCAGUAAUUAUCACAUUAAUUGCUGUGGUUGAAUUAAACAAAAUGCCUUCCACAUUCAUUAUUUGGCAGCUUUAAAAUAGCACUUGAUGCAAUGCAGCUGAUUAUUUUGCUAUUUUUUUUUUCACUUUACGAAAGCACGACAUACUAAACUGAAAGGUCAGGAAAUCGGGGUUGAAAUUGAAAUGUAAUUCUUCAUGUUCUCCUGUGAAGAAUGUGUGGCCACUGUUUAAAGAAUAAGCGUGCACUUAAUUACCAAAGAGUGAAAUAUCGCUAUUAGAACAUAAUUACACACGCUUAACUCCAAAUAUGACUCUCGCUUAGCGAUAUGGGUGAGAACAGCCUGAAAAUCAAGCUAAGCUGUGUGAAUGCAGAGUGCGUUUGUGCUUCGUCUUCUGUUUGUGAAUCCACUCAGACAAAGCUUAAGGACACAAAUCAAUCUCUCCAAUCCUGUCUGUAUAGUUAAUGCAAUUAGAAUCUUUACCUCCGGUGUUCACUCUUCAGUUAAUCAUCGUUUCAUUGAAUCUAUUGUUCUGUAUUCACUUACAGUAGGAAAAAAAACAAAGACAAAAAAACAUAACCUGGGUUGUAAAUUGUGUAAAAUAUAUCAUGAAUAUGUGAUGUCGAACAGUAUGCAAGUGAAUAACUAAAGCCAUGUAGCCCAGAGGCAGAGAGACUGCUGGCACCACAGACUGCCUGGAUGAACAUCAAAGGAGAAAGUCGAGCCUCUGAUAAAGAGAUUUAUAGAUGUUGUGGUGAAAGAAGGAGAGGAAAACUAAGACUUGUGCUAAGUGUGUGCGCUAAUGCUAACAGAUUUUUUUUGCUUUUCAUGUUUCCGGACUUUUUGUUGCCAUGGUAACUCUGUUGCCAUGAAAAAUUUUUUGUUGCCCUAAAUUUUUGUUGCCACUUUGUUGCCAUGGUUGCAAUGUUGUCAUUACCCUUUUUGUUGCUAUGCUUAUCACUAUAAGUUUUUUGUUGGUUUUUGAUGCAAACCCUUUGUUACCAUAGUACGUCUGUUGCCAUGCUAACUUUGUUGUCAUGAUACAUUUUUGUUGCCAUUGUCUUAAUAGUUUUUUGUUGCCAUGGUAUAGUGUCCCUUUUAUUAUGAUAUCAUUGUUGUCAUGACACUUCUUUGUUGCUAUGGUUUGCACAAUGCCGUUUUGUUGCCAUGGUAACUGUUUGUUGCCAUGAUACAUUUUUUGAUGC